AUGGCAACCUCACCGCAACAAUGGACUGCCGAUGAUCCUCAAGAUGCUGCCCAAGCCCGUUCCAAGUUGAAUGUAUGGCCGUUGGACGAACACAAUGCCGUUCUCCUCAAUCAAGUUCAUCCCAAAGAAUUCCAGGAUGCCACGCCACACGAAGAAUACGAUUUGAUUGCCAUUGGCAGUGGCGCGGGUGGGUUGGUGUCGUCCAAACAAUCGGCACGGCGUGGGGCCAAAUCGGCCAUGAUCUCGGAACAUCUGGCCGGUGGCGAUUGUCUCAAUGUGGGAUGUGUCCCCAGCAAGGCACUGCUCCGAUCCGCCAAAGCCGUGGCGGCCGUUCGAGACGCCGCCCAAUUUGGGGUCGUUAUUGGUGGAGAUAUUAGCGUCGAUUUUGCGGCCGUCAUGAAACGAGUCAGAUAUUGUCGGGCUAAAAUUGCUCCUGCCGAUGGACAUGUCGGUACCGAAGCUGCCGGAACACAUGUCUAUCAAGGCAGAGGGGUCCUCACGGGAGCCAAUACGGUGGAAGUGAAUGGCAAGACUUUGAAAUUCAAAAAGUGUGUCAUUGCCACGGGUGGACGUCCCACUAUUCCCCAGAAUGUGCCAGGUCUAGAGGAAGCACCCUACAUUACCAAUGAACAAUUGUUCAAUCUCGAACAGCUACCGCCCCGCAUGGUGGUGCUGGGUGCGGGAGUGAUUGCACUGGAAAUGGCACAGUGUUUUGCCCUCUUGGGAAGCAACGUAACCGUCAUUAAUCGCUCAUCGAGGCUCUUUGAAUCCAAACAGGGAGAUGCCGAGGCUGCCGCCAUUAUUCAAAAAGCACUCGAAAGUCACGGUGUCACCUUUCUUUCCAAUGCCAAAAUUACAAAGGUCACCACAAUCGAUGCUGGUUGUUCGGAAUCCAACAAAUUGCCAGUGAUGCAAGUCACUGUCAAUGACAAGCAAGACCUGGGCUGCGACUGUCUCUUGGUUGCUGCGGGACGUUCUGCCAAUGUCGAAAACAUGGGCCUCGAGAACGCCUAUGUCGAAUACGAUCUUGGAAAGGGAAUUGUCGUCAAUGAUUUCGGUCAAAGUAACACCAACCCUUCCAUCUGGGGUGUGGGGGACUGUGUGGCAGAUGUCCCACGUCUGACGCAUAUGAGUGGAGAAAUGGCCAAAAUGGUGGUGCAAAAUGCAUUGGCAGGAGAUGAUUGGAAACUCAGUAGUUUGGUGGUACCGGCUGUGGCGUAUACAGAACCGGAAUAUGCCACCGUAGGAGUGGUCUCCCAAGACGCGGCUGCCAAGCAAGGACUGGAAGUCGAUGUCUAUCGUGCUGGACUGGAACACAAUGAUCGUGCCAUUUGCGAAGGAAACAAUGUCGGUUUUUGCAAGAUUCUCUGUAAAAAGGGAACGGAUGAAAUAGUGGGAGCCACCAUUGUGGCAGAACGAGCCGGAGAAAUGAUCAAUGAAGUGUCUCUCGCCAUCAAGAACAACAUUGGCCUCUAUGCCAUUGGACGAAACAUUCAUAGCUAUCCCACCACAGGAGAAGCUGUCAUGGGAUGCGGCGUCCAGUACAUCAAUUCCAAGUUGCCACGGUUUGAUUGA